UAAAGAUGGGGAUGUGAUUUCAGCUGAGUUUAACAAACCCAGAAGCUUUGCUGUUGAUCUUAAAGGAAAUGUGUACGUUGCUGACAAGAACAACAAGGCCAUUAGGAAAAUCUCUAGCAAUGGUUUGUUUGAAGAAUGCUACUUCACAUUUUGGAUAGUUUGGUUACCUUAUUGUUUGAUGGAUAUCUUGAUACUGAAGUUGAUUGGAUUCCAGCAAUGAAAGGAGCAAGACUAAAAGACCUUCCCACAUUUCUUAGGACUACUAAUCCUUCUGAUGUAAUGUUCAAUUACAACAUAGUAAAAGUGAACACUGCUAUGCAUGCCAAAGGGGUUAUCCUUAACACCUUUGAAGACUUAGAAUCAGAGGUUUUGGAUGCCAUCAGAGCCAAAUACUCCAAUGUCUACUCCAUUGGUCCAUUAUCAAUGCUAUUCAAACAGCUCUCAAACUCAAAUACUCAAUUGGAGUCGAUUGAUCUGAAUCUGUGGAAGGAAGACAACAAAUGCUUGGAAUGGUUGGAUAAAAGAGACAGAGGUUCUGUUGUGUAUGUGAACUUUGGUAGCUUAGUGAUUAUGACACCAAAGCAACUAAGUGAAUUUGCUUGGGGUUUGGUUAAUAGCAAGUACCAUUUCUUGUGGGUCAUAAGGCCUAAUCUUGUGCAUAAUAAUAAUAAUAAUGGUAAUGGGAAAUUAAGUGAUGAAUAUGUGAAUGUGAUUGAAAGAUGUGAGAGGGGAUUGGUAUUGGGGUGGUGCCAACAAGAGAAAGUUCUGUGUCAUGCAUCAAUUGGCGGAUUUCUAACACAUUGUGGGUGGAACUCAACAUUGGAGAGCAUAUGUGAGGGAGUUCCAAUGGCAUGUUGGCCUUUCUUUGCAGAACAACAAACAAACAGCUUCUGUGCAUGCAAGAAAUGGGGGAUUGGGAUAGAGAUUGAGUGUGAUGUUAAGAGAGAGCAGGUUGAGGGGCUUGUGAGGGAACUCAUGGAGGGGCAAAAAGGAAAAGAAAUUAAGGUUUAUAAACUCGAAGGACUAAUUUGAUGGCUUAAACGAAACUUAUCUUGUCAGCAACAACAUCCUACACCCUGGCGUUGGCCAGCUUGGCAGUUAACGUGCCACGUAAGCGGCCGUUUGCCAUCUCAUCAACCGAGAAGACGGAAGGACGAACGUGAUCAACACGGGUAUCUUUCGAGGACGUUUUUGAUUAAUUUUGACUUUCGGGGAUGAAAAUGGAGAUCGAGGACACUUUCGGGGACGAAAUUGACUAUUAACUCAUAAAAAUAUCAAGGCUAAUGGGCUGGUUAAUCAAAUGGAGUCCAAAAGAAACAAAAGAAGAAACCAACGGGCCAAGCAAAUCAAAACCAAUUCAAGCCCGUGUCCAUCAAUCCAAGUUGAUCACACCAAGCUUCUCAUACAAGAUUGAAGUCUUCACUCUCUCUCAUUGCUUUCAAAGCAACGUUCCUCUCUUCUCUGUGUCAGUCAAAUCACUAAACUCAGAAAAAGUAAGAAAGAGAGCUUAGUCCCUAAGCUAGUCAUGAAAGAAGAAGGAAAGAGAAGGUUAAGCAAAGAGGGGUAAGGUCUAAUUAACCAUUUCAAACCAUAUCAAGAGAAGAUCAGAAGGUUAAAGGUAAUCCUUUUCCUCAUACAUGCAACACACUUUCUUCUCAUCAUCCUCAACUCUCUGCCACUCCGUUUUGAGCUAUAUAGAAAAGAGGAUUUCUGUUUUUCUCUGCUGUAAAUCCACGGUCUCAAACAUGUCUUGGGAACCAAGUUGGUUUUCAAGGGCUCAGAUCAAGUUGACCAUUGGAAGACUCUUGUGGUUGCUGCUUUAUGGCUUUCGGUCAACAUUGGAAGGUCAGAAGCAAAGCUUCUAUUUUGAAGAUUACUGGGAAAAAGGUGAUCGGCUGGGUUGGUGAAGCUCAAGGCUCAAGAAGUUGACCUAGGAAGGUGAACCCAGCAACAUGCAAGGAGAUAAAAGAGGCUUGCUACUCAUUCAGGAGUCAAGGAGAGAUAACCUAGUGUUGAGGUUUUGUUCUGUGAAGAAGUUCUCUGAAGAAGUUCCUCUACUUGGACAGUGCGUUCUUUCAAAGAAGCAUUCCGCCAAAAUGAAGAACUGAAUCAGAGACAUGCAA